UGGAACAGGUUGUUUGGAUUUCAGGAGCAUACCGCAACACCCUCCAAUAAAAAUGGAGGGUUGAUUGAGAGGAGAGGAAACGUCUGCCAGAGAAGACUGAGACAGAAAGCGGAUGACAGAUUAACCGCCGUGUGGAGAAAGAGCUGCUUUGGGAAGAAGAUUUGCUUGUUCAGACCAGUGCUGCACUUCGACAAGAAUCAGUGACGGUCCACCUGGAACCACCUAAACAUUUGUGUGUCGCGCGGCGCACAGAGAGAUCUGGAUGUGUCAAGAUUAAAGAAGGCAUCUCCCUGAUGAUGUCAGCGAGCAGCCCUUCCCUCGACGACGAGCCCAGCAGGAAUCAGUCAGAUCCUGGAGCGGAACCAGAAGCUGAAGAUCUAGACUGGGAUGGAUUCAGCACGACAUUGGACAACGGCUCAACAGAGCAGGAGCGUCUUCAGGCCUCGGAGCAGCGCUGUGACGAGCUGGAGAAGACCCGCUGUGAGCUGGAGAGGCAGCUCUCGGGCCUGUCGGACCGACUGGAGGAAGAAGAGGCCUGCUCGCUUCAACUGGCGUUACAAAGGGAUCGUCUGGAGGUCGAGUGCAGCAACCUCCGACUGGACCUGGACGACCUGGAGAGCGCGCUCGCUUCAUCUGACCGUGAUAAACAGUCAUCAGAAAGUGAAGUGAAGAGGCUCCUGGAGCAGCUAAUCCAGAAGGACGAAGCACUUAAGAAGCUGCGGGAAGAGAAGGAACAUCUGGUGGGGCCAAGCCAGGCAUCAAACCAGAGAUGGAGGAAAGACGUAGUGGAGGAGAGACUCGGAGCGACCAACAAGAGUGGACGAGACGAUCUUGCCAAGCAGAAGGACCUGGACAUGAGCAGAACCAGCACCAAGCUGCAGGCAGACGUUCCUAAUGUGGAGCUGCAGAGGAAAAGCAUGGGGCAACAGGCUCGCAUCGAGGAGCUGGAGGAGGAGCUGGAAGCUGAGCGAGCUAUGCGAGCCAAGGUGGAGAAGCAAAGGGCAGAUCUAACCAGAGAGCUGGAUGACCUGACAGAUCGACUGGAGGAGGUGGGAGGAGUCAGUGCCUCACAGAUGGAGGUGAACAAGAAGCGUGAAGCGGAGCUCGCACGUCUUCGACGAGACCUGGAAGAGUCCUCGGUCCAGUCAGAAGCGCUUGCCGCGACGCUGAGGAAGCGCCACAGCGACAUGAGCGCCGAGCUGAGCGAGCAGUGUGAAGCCCUGCAGCGGACCAGAGCCAAGCUGGAGAAGGAGAAGCAGAGUUUGAGGAUGGAGGUGGAGGAGAUGACCACUUCACUUGACACUCUGCAGAAGGCAAAGUCGUCAUCUGACAACCAGAUGAAGAAACUGGAGGAGCAGCUGUCUGAAGCCAACAGGAGAGCCGAUGAACUGCAGCGGGCACUGACUGAGCUCAACGUCUCCAAGAACAGACUGACAGCUGAUAAUGCAGACCUGAACCAUCAGACGGAGGAGGCAGAAAACAGAGCCAGCCAGCUGAGCCGUGCGAAGAUUCUCCUUCAGUCCGAAGUGGAGGAUCUGAAAAAGCAUCUUGAAGAUGAAAUCAAGGGCAAACAGGCCGCGGGCAGCAGUCUGACCACGGUGAGGAAGGAAUGUGAGGUAUUGAAGGAGCAGCUGGAGGAGGAACAGGAGAGCAAGCUGGAGCUGCAGCGCCUCAUCUCCAAGCUCAACACGGAGGUGACACACUGGAGGACUAAGCACGAGACAGACGCCAUCCAGCACGGGGACGAGCUGGAAGAGACAAAGAAAAAGCUGGCGCUGCGCCUUCAAGAGGCCGAAGAGGCCGUGGAAGCCACCCAGUCUAAAUGUUCCUCUUUGGAAAAAACCAAGCAAAGGCUGCAGGGUGAAGUGGAGGAGCUGUGCAUGGACCUGGAGAAGGCCAACAGCUGCGGUCAGGCUCUGGAUAAGAAGCAGCGAGUGCUGGAGAAGCAGCUGACUGACUGGAAGCAGAAGUGCGAAGAGUUGGUGAGCGAGGUGGAGGGCUGCCAGAAGGAGAGCAGACAGCACGCCAGCGAGCUCUUCAAACUCAAGACAGCACAUGAAGAGUCUCUGGAGCAGUUAGAAGCUCUGCGCCGGGAGAACAAGGCCUACCAGGAGGAGAUCACCGACCUCACGGACCAACUGUCCGACGGAGGGAAGAGUGUGCAUGAACUCCAGAAAGCCAAGAAGAAGAUAGAGAUGGAGAAAGAUGAGUUGCAAGCCUCUUUGGAAGAAGCUGAGGCAGCAUUAGAGGCUGAAGAGACUAAGGUUCUGAGACUGCAGCUGGAGUUGUCUCAGGCCAAAGGAGACCUGGAAAGAAGACUUCAGGAGAAGGAGGAAGAGAUGGAUGCAGCAAGGAAGAGCCACCAGAGAGCACUGGAGUCUGUGCAGGCCAGCCUGGAUGUGGAGCUGAAGGGCAGAGCAGAGGGGCUGAAACUGAAGAAGAAACUGGAGGUGGACAUCAACGAGCUGGAGCUUCAGGUGGAUCUUUUGACCAAGAGCAACACCGAGCUGAACAAGACCAGCAAGAAAGCGCAGCAGCAGAUCAAAGAGCUCCAGGCACAGCUGGAGGAAGAGAUGAGGAGCCACGAGGAGCAUCGGGAGGAUCAGGCAGCCGUGGAGCGUCGGCUGGCUCUGCUGGUGAGCGAGGCAGAGGAGAUGCGGUCGGCACUGGAGAGCACAGAGCGAGCACGAAAGGCGCUGGAAGUGGAGAUGCAAGAGUCGGGCGAUAAAUACAAUGACCUCAACAACCAGCUGCAGGCUGCGAUCAGCGGGAGGAGAAAGCUGGAGGUGGAUCUUCAAACUUUCCAGCAGGAGCACGAGGAGCUCCAGAGCGAGCUCAGGGGAUCCGCAGAGAAGAUCAAGAAAGCCGGCUGUGAGUUGGCCCGAGUAGGAGAGGAGCUGCGCCUGGAACAGGAACACACGCUCCACCUGGAGCGGGUCAAGAAAGCCAUGGAGGCCCAGAUUAAGGAGAUGAGCAGCCGCCUGGAGGAAGCUGAGCAGAUCGCCAUGAAAGGGGGCAAGAAGAUCAUACAGAAGUUGGAGGGAAAGGUGAAGGAGCUGGAGCUGGAGCUGGACACGGAGCAGAAGCGUCACGCGGAAACGGUGAAGUCUCUGCGGAAAAAUGAGCGGCGCUUGAAAGAGCUGCUUUUCCAGUCUGAAGAAGACCAGAAGAACCAGCAGAGAAUGCAAGACUUGGUGGAGCGGCUGCAGAACAAGAUGAAGGCCUACAAGAGACAAGUGGAGGAGGCGGAGGAGCAAGCGAACAUGAACCUAGCCAAGUACAGGAAGACUGUCCACGAGCUCGACGACGCCGAGGAGAGAGCUGACAUUGCUGAGUCGGCGCUGACCAAGAUCCGGACGAAGAACAGAGGCAGCUUUGGCAAGGGAUACUCUUCUGGUUACAGCACACCAUACCCCAGCCUGGUCCGCUCCCCGAGCUCUGUGGGCUCCGAGGGCAGAGGGGAGAAGAUCAUCAACGAUGACGACGAGUCUGUGAGCUCGCUAAUCCCAGCGUACCUCAACUCCCUGAAGAAGCUCAUGGUGGAUUAGACAGGAAGCCGGUGUUGGUGAGCAGGGACCAAAUGAAAUAUGCUCAAAAUGCUGCAGAAGUGCUCAGAUGGUGGUUGGACUUUACAGUUGUAAACUGGGUGUGAUCAGAUCUGUCUCUCUAAUGAAGACGUUACUGUCUCAGUCUUCACAGAUUUAUUCCAGGAGAGAUUCACAAUGUUUAAGUAAUAAAAGGAAAGGUCAGUUGCUUAAAUCUUACUUGGGACUUUUCUAAUGUCUGAGCUUCUGUUUGGCUUCCUGCUGUGGUCUCCAGACUGAUCUUACAUCAACGAUAGACGAGACAAGCAAGAAUAACUGCAGCCACUCACUUCAGCAGGACUGACACUUACAGUGUAUGGCAUCUAAACCUUUCAUCCUGUAACAAAAAUAUAUUAACAGAUAAGUGUAAACAACCGAUGGCUUUGCAUAAACAUUUUUUUUGUUCACUUUUUCACAUUUCUAGAUAAAAGUGCCUCCAUGCCCGUGUAAUUUGUUAUUUGUCCUUUUCAUUUCCACUUAUUGUAUAUUUUUUGUACAUUUUUGCUCCAAAGAAGGUUUGUCUUCUGGACUUUAUAAUCUUUGUUAGCCACUCGGUUGCCCCAAACCUGAACUCUACUUUUUAUGUUAUGGACAUCUGCCCACUUAUGUACUCGCCAGAUGUGCAGCGGUGAGUACAGUGAUGUAUUUUUGGAAAAUAUAUAUUUUAAUCAUUAAAACGAUG